GGAGAACCGUGUGUAAUGUGGAGUUCAGUGAAGAUGAAUUAAGUGGUGAACCGAAACCCAACCCCAAGAAAGAGAGGGUUUAAGGAAAUGGAAGGCAUGAGAUGCAUAGGCAUUGCUGCUCCUAGAGUAAUAUUCCCUUACUCACCACCUCCAAGAAGAUUCUCCCACUCCAAACUCACUCCUUCCACCACUUGCUCCGCCAGCAAAUGGGCCGACCGCCUCAGCGACUUUCAAUUCUUCACAACAGCCACCGACACCUCCGACCUCCAUUGUCUCUCCUCUUCCACCGCUGCCACCAUCGUCGCUCCUGUCGCUCCUCCUGAACGCCACGUCUCCAUCCCUCUCAAUUUCUAUCAGGUAUUGGGAGCUGAGACGCAUUUUCUCGGAGAUGGUAUAAAAAGAGCAUACUCAGCUAGGCUUUCAAAACCACCUCAAUCUGGUUUUAGUGAAGAGACACUGAUUAGCCGUAGACAGAUUAUCCAAGCUGCAUGUGAGACCCUAGCAAACCCUCAGUCAAGAAGAGAAUACAAUCAAGGCCUUCUCGAUGAUGAGCUCGAUACUAUCAUCACUCAAGUCCCUUGGGACAAGGUUCCUGGGGCUCUGUGUGUCUUGGAAGAAGCAGGAGAGACUGAGGUUGUUCUUGAAAUUGGAGAGACUUUGCUUAGAGAGAGACUACCAAAGAAUUUUAAGCAAGAUUUGGUUUUGGUUGUGGCUCUUGCUUAUGUGGAAGAGUCUAGGGAUGCUAUGGCUUUGUCUCCCCCAGAUUUUAUUACUGGUAGUGAGAUGCUUGAAAGGGCAUUGAAGCUCUUGCAGGAGGAAGGUGCAAGUGGCCUUGCACCAGAUUUACAGAAACAAAUUGAUGAGAAUUUGGAGGAGAUCACUCCUUGGCGUGUCCUACAACUUCUAGCCUUACCACUCGAUGAUGCAUACCGAAUGAGACGGGCAGAGGGUCUACUUGGAGUGCGCAAUGUACUAUGGGCUGUUGGGAAAGGGGGAGCUUCUCCUCUUGCUGGAGGAUUCACCCGUGAAGAUUUCAUGAAUGAGGCCUUCUUACGCAUGACAUCUGCUGAGCAGGUCGAUCUACAUGUAGCCACACCACAUAAUGUGCCUCCUGACCGUGCAGAAUUUUAUGGAGUGGCACUUGCUCUUGUUGCUCAAGCUUUUGUUGGUAAAAAGCCUAAUCUUAUCCCUGAAGCUGAUAAUCUAUUCUAUCAACUUGAACAGACUAAGGUACCAGGUCAAUGGAAUGCUGACUCUGCCUAUAGUCCCAAACAAAACUAUGAGAUAGACUAUUCUUUGGCCAGGGGUCUUUGUUCACUUCUUUUGGGGGACCUUGAUGAGUGUCGUACAAGGUUGGGACUAGACAGUGAUAAUUCACCUUACAGAAAUCCACUCAUUGUGGAUUUUGUAAUGAAAAAUUCGCAGGAUGAUAAUGACAAUGAUCUCCGUUUGCUUUGUAAACUAUUGGAGACUUGGUUAAUGGAAGUGGUUCUUCCUAGAUUUAGAGAUACCAAAGAUAUCCAAGUUAAGCUUGGAGACUAUUAUGAUGAUCCGACUGUCUUGGGGUAUUUAGAAAAUCUGGAAGGAGGUGGUCGUCCACUCUUGGCUUCAGCAGCAGACAUUGUGAGGAUUGGGGCCGAGGAGGCUACUGCUGUUAUUGAUCAUGUGAAGGCUAGUGCAAUUCAGGCAUUGCAGAAGGUGUUUCCUAUCAGCCAGAAGGGUACAGGACUCAGAAAUGGGGGCAUGAAUUACCCUUUUCCUGCUAUAGCAGAUGAAGAACAUCAGGAAUUACUUGAUCCAGAUGUCAAAGCUGAAAUUUCUGGGGAACACAAUGCUGAAGUGAUUGAAGAUCUGGUUACUGAUAGAAGAACAGACACCAUUGUGAAGAUCAUGUGCACUGGUGUGACAAUUGGACUGGUUACUUUUUUUGGCUUGAAAUGUUUGCCUGUUAGGAAUCGCCAGUGUAAUGAAAUUGGCCCAGCAAUGGCUUCUGACACCAUCAGUGUGGGGUUUUCAUUAGAUGAUAAAUCUGUAGAGGAGUUUCCCAGAAUGGAUGCAAGAUUUGCAGAGGGUAUAGUUCGUAAGUGGCAGAACAUUAAAUCUCAGGCUUUUGGGUCUGAUCACUCUUUAGGGAAAUUGCACGAGGUCUUGGAUGGUCAGAUGUUGAAAACAUGGACAGACCGGGCAGCUGAAGUAGAACAACUUGGUUGGGUUUAUGAUUAUACUCUAUUGGACCUUACCGUUGAUAGUGUGAUUGUCUCUCUAGAUGGACAACAUGCUGUAGUGGAAGCAACUAUAAAAGAGUCAGCUUGCUUAAUUGAUGCGGUUCACCCAGAGAACAAUGCCUCAAACAUCACCACCUACACAACAAGAUAUGAGAUGUCAUGUUCCAAUUUGGGAUGGAAGAUUACUGAAGGAGCAAUAAUAAAGUAAAACAAGCAUGUUAUAUUGUAAAUGCCACCUUUGUCGGUGUUAUAGUUUUCAAUAAUUCAUUAUUGGGAGGCAACUCUUUUUCGCAAAUUUUGUUUAGUUGUAUGUAAUUAGUUCUUUCAGUUAUGCCACCUAUCAAGCAAUGCAAAAUCUUUCAGGUUA